AUGAUUGAGGCUCCAAAGCCAUUUAGCCCUCCCACUUCCUCGGCCUUCGAUUCAUCGGAUAUCACUAUAUCCAAUGGGGAGAAUACUGAUUUACUGCCUGAUGAUGCUCAAACCACUGACUUGGGUUCUAUUACUAAGAAUGCUCGCGCAAAGACCCCUAAGCACGGCUUCUACCGAAUUAUGCUACCGGAUGCCCGUGUCGUCGUUGGUAUCUUAAAUACUAUCAUCAACUAUUCCCUCCUAGCCAGCUUUGACGCGAUAAUUACUCUUCACGGCCAGGAUGCCCUUGGCUGGGAAAGCCUAGCAGUAGGAAUGAUGUUUUUAUCUUUCCAGAUGCCUUUUAUCUUCCUAGGGCCCCUAGCCGGAUGGCUACGUGAUCGGGCUGGAUUGAGGUAUCCUACUACGGUCGGCUGGGCUCUUCUUGCUCCUAUCAUGUGGCUCAUCGGAGUUCCUGGGACUGAUAAAACCCCAUGUAGCUCAACAGGCAAUGGAGAGGGACUAUUUAUUUUUACGGUGAUCGCCUUUGGGGUGGGUGUUCCCUUUGUUUGCGGAGCAGGUCAUUUGCAGCUGUCUAGUAAGAUCCCCGUCUCUUAUGCAUUCCAUAUACUAAUUCUUUUGAAUUGCAGUCGUGGUGAAUGA